CCUUCAUGCAAGAUCCCAAAAUUUGUCAGAUUGUGAAGAUCAUGGCCAAUCAAGUAUAUUUUAUAUUAAGAAAUUAACAAUAAAUAUAUGGAAGAAUAAACUAACAAAUAAAUAGGCAAACACAACAACAACAAAUACAGGAUUAGAAUCAUUCAAAUUAGAAUUAUGGAAUAAACUAUAUAGAUGAUAUUCAACAAAAAUGAAAAACAAAAAACUUUGGAAUGGUUAUGAGCACAUUUCUGAUAAUAAAUAAAUAAAAUGAAAAAAUGAAUUAAAAAAAAAGAAAAAAGGUGAGCUGACAACCAAAGUCCCCAAGAAACUUUUUUAAAAAAGCACCAAUUCCCACAGAAGUGCAUCAUAUUUGCUCCGUCGUCCGGUUCGCAGUGCGUCAGUGCAGCAGAGAGGGCGGAAAGUGUCUUACUUUUAAUGAAGUGCCCAUCUGCAGCAGUUAUUUAUUCUCUCUAAGACAAUAAUCCAGAGAAAUAAAUGGCAGGAUCUCUGGAGGAGCAGAGAGGAAGAGGAGGAAUCAUUUUUGGAGGCCCUGGUUUGAAUGAAGAGGAAGAAGAGGAGGAAGAAUCCUCUUUAGUUUUGCUGAGCGUUCUGGUACAACAUGGUCAGGUUGGCCUUUGCUUCUAUGAUAGUGGGGACUCCUCUUUACAUUACAUGGUAGACACUCCUGACAACUAUGAUCUCCACCUGCUGGCCAGAGUCAUUCAGGAGAUUAAUCCCCAUGUUAUCAUCACGAGUGCAAAGAUGGAGCACUGCAUGACUCGCUUCCUGCAGCAACUCGCCUCCAGUCCUCAAUACAAGCCAGAGGUAGUGACUUAUCCUUAUGUGGAUUUUGGUUUGGAGGUUGGUAAGCAGAGACUCCUCUCUGCUCAUCUGCCUCUACUGCCCGCCUCCGUCACAGAAAGAGACAGAAUGUCCUACCUCUCUUCCUGCAUCACCUUCGAUUCGCCUCUGAUGCUCAGGGCAGUGGGCGCUCUGCUAAAAUGUCUGGACAGGAGGAGAGUGGGAGUGGAGCUGGAAGACAGCAGUGUUGGAGUUCCGAUCCUACAAUUCCAUGCCUACACACUCAAAGGUGGAGUAUAUAUUGACAGUGACACCUACAGUGUCCUCCAAAUCUUCAAGUCAGAUCUGCACCCGUCAGUGUACAAGCUACACUCAGGUGAAAAGGAAGGACUGAGCCUCUACGGGAUUCUGAAUCGAUGCAGAUGCAAGUUUGGUACCAAGCUGCUAAAGCAGUGGUUCCUGCGGCCAACACAGGACCUGGCAGUGUUGUGCAGGAGACAGGAAGUGAUUCGUUUUUUCACGUCGCCUCAGAACUCGGAUGUCCUGAGCACGCUGCAGAGCCUUUUGCGCAACAUCAGAAACAUACCAAGUCUCCUGCGCCGCAUGUCUUUGGCGAACACCAGAGUGACAGACUGGCAGAGUCUUUACAAGACUGUGUAUAGUGUGGUGUGUGUCAGAGACUCGGUGCGACAUCUACCUCAAUCCAUCGGGCUGUUUCAUGACAUCAGCAGAGGGUUUUCUGACGAUCUCAGCUACAUCACCACCCUCAUUGGCCGAGUUGUGGAUUUUGAAGCCACCGUGCAGGAGAACCGCUUCACAGUCAAGCCCAAUGUGGAUCCUGCAAUAGAUGAGAAGAAGAGGAGGAUGGCGGGAUUGUCUGACUUCUUGACAGACGUUGCCCGAAGAGAACUUGAACAUCUGGAUCCUCGAGUUCCAUCGUGCUGUGUCAUUUACAUCCCUUUGAUUGGAUUUCUGCUCUCUUUGCCCCGGCUGCCAAGCAUGGUGGAGAAGGAGGACUUCGAGAUGGAAGGUCUUGACUUUAUGUUUCUCUCAGAGGAUCGAGUGCACUACCGCAGCCAGAGAACCCGGGAGCUCGACGAGCUUCUUGGAGACAUGCACUGUGACAUCAGAGAUAUGGAAACAGCAGUGAUGACACAGCUGCAGAAUGCAGUCCUAGAGAGGAGUCCUUCUCUUUAUCGGGUUCUGGAUCUUAUUGCUGAGCUGGACUGCCUGAUGGCUAUGAGCAGUGCCUCCCAGGAGUACAGUUACACUUCCCCCAAGCUGGCCAGCCACACAAAAAUAACAAUCACACAGGGCAGACAUCCACUACUGGAGCUCUGCUCUCCUGUCUUUGUGGCAAAUUCCUUUCAGAGCUUUGAUACAGAAGGAAGAGUCAAGAUCAUCACCGGUCCAAAUUCUUCAGGCAAAAGUAUCUACCUCAAGCAGGUGGGUCUGAUUGUGUUCAUGGCCCUGAUCGGCUCCGACGUGCCGGCCAAGGAGGCAGAAAUCGGUUUGGUGGACGGCAUCUUCACCCGCAUGCAGAGCAGAGAGUCAGUGUCUGUGGGCCUCAGCACCUUCAUGAUCGACCUCAACCAGAUGGCCCAGGCUCUGAACAGCAGUACCGGCAACUCAUUAUUACUAAUUGAUGAAUUCGGAAAAGGAACCAACUCGGUGGACGGUCUGUCUUUGCUGGCUGCUUCAAUCUGUCACUGGCUGAGGAAGGCUCCUGUGGAUGUUCCUCACAUCUUGCUGUCUACCAACUUCCACAGUCUGCUGCAGCUGGGCCUGCUGCCAGCGAACAGAAUGUUGUCUUUUCAGACCCUGGAGACAGCCGUAGAUGGAGAUGAGUUGGUGUUUUUGUACCAGCUGAAGGAAGGAAUCUGCCAGUCGAGCUACGCUGCCAAUAUCGCAUCACUGGCAGGACUACCAGCUUCUCUCGUACACAGAGCAGUGGAGGUCUCAGAACAUUACAGAACAGGAAAGCCCAUCAAACGGACUCAAAGAGCUUCUUCUGACGAGCAGGAACAAAGGUGCACGGCUAUGGUGGAGAAGUUCCUGAGCCUUGACCUGGAUAACAAAGAUUUGGACCUGCAGAGGUUUAUGAAAGAUGAACUCCUGCCCUCUGCUGGAGAGCCACAGAACUCCAGCUGAUCUCAUCGACUGUUAUUUUGUUCAUAAAUGUUUCAGGUAAAGAGCAACAAAAAAUACAUGAUUUCUGUUGGAAUGAGAAAAACAUUUUAUGUUCUACAUAAAAGUUGAGGUUAAAAAUAACACUUUUAUAUACAUUGUGUAGAAGUUUUCACACAAUUUGACUUGAAAAAUGAAAUAAUAAACAUAUUUUUGCUUCGAA